AUGGCGCUCGGCUUCGUCCCCAUCAUCCACGUCGUGGCCGCCGUGUUCGCCGUCAUCGAGCUCGGCCUCACCGCCUACCUCGUGAGCACCUACGCGACCCCCUGGGGCGGCACCCGCUCCCCGGACGUCCUCAACUUCAUGCUCUUCAACGCCAUCUGGUCCCUGCUCGUGCUCGCCUACGUCGGCGUCACCCCGCUCUACUACACGCGCGUCUUCCACCGGCUCGCCAGCCUCGCCCUCGAGGCCGUCACCAUGCUCUUCUGGUUCGCGGGCUCCAUCGCCCUCGCCGUCGACAUCGGCGGGCCGUACAGCUGCGGCGCCAGCGGCUGGUGCCGCGCCGCGCAGGCCGCCGUCGCCUUUGGCUUCUUCCUCUGGGCUCUCUUCGUGGCGCUCGUCGCCCUGGACACGAUCGAGGCGCUGCGGUCGCGCGGCCAUGCCGUCGACCACCACCAUCACAACAAGCCUGGUGUCUAUGCUGGCGCUUGA